AUGUGUUUGUCUGGCAACGAAUUCGAUUUUAAAACGUGGAAAAACUCCAUAGAAAAGAUGAAGGUACGGUUGAGAAUUUGGCCGUCCCUGAUUCUCUCCUUGGCUGUGAUCACCAGGGCAUCACUUCGUGAUGGCAGGGAGGAGGAAAAAUUUGUUGUAUUCCGAGCAGCUCCGAACACUAUGGAACAGUUAAAUGUAGUACGAGAAUUGCACGAUAACAUGCACAAAUAUGAUCUGGAUUUUUGGCUGACUCCGGCUGCACUUGGUCAUAAUGCCGAUAUUAUGAUUCGAAAAAUUCAGCAAAAAUGGUUGGAAAAUUUGUUUACGAAUCACAGUAUACCACAUAAUAUAACGAUAAAAGACGUCCAACAAUUAAUUUUGGAUCGAGAGCACAAACCAAGAAACACGACGGGAGAUUUCUCUAAGCGACUCAACGAUGAAGGUGGAAAUCGGGCUCGGUACGGACUUGGAGAGUAUCAUUCGUACGACCAUAUCAUUUCCUGGAUGGAAGACAUACAACGAUUCUAUCCGGACAAAGCAAGAGUUGUGAACAUUGGAAUGACUGAAGAAGGACGACCGAUUAAAGGAAUUAAGAUCGGAAGCGGAGUGUAUCGGAACGACAAACGAAUAGUAUGGAUCGAUGGAGGGAUUCAUGCCAGAGAAUGGGCGGCCGUUCAUACUGUGAUUUACGUCAUUGAUAGGUUAAUAGCCGACUAUGACACGGACCCACUUGUCCGUCGUGCAGUGGACCAACUCAACUUCUACAUAUUUCCGGUGCUGAAUCCGGAUGGAUAUGAGUACUCGCGAAGUGGCGUUUCACCGAUGAUCCGUCUUUGGAGGAAGAAUAGGUCGGCUAUGCUCUGCAAAAAGGAUCAAUGGUUUCGUGAACGAUGCUGUGGUGGUGUGGAUCUGAACAGGAAUUUCGAUUGGUUCUGGGGAGAGAUUGGAUCAAGCUCCGACAGAUGUUCCGAAAUCUAUCAGGGAAAAAGUCCGUUCAGUGAAGCCGAGGCCAGAGCCGUGAGAGAUAUGAUGCUUUCACCUGAGCUCAGAGGAAAAGUGGACGCUUUUCUUACUCUACACACUUAUUCGCAGAUGUGGAUACAUCCAUUCAGUCAUCAAAGGAAAACAGUUCCAGAGGAUAUCACUGAUAUCGAGCAGGUCGGCAAACGUGCGCUAAACGCUUUAGAAAGUGUCUACGGAACAAAAUAUCGAUUUGGAACUGGAGCUGAUAUCUUAUAUCCGUCAUCUGGUGGUUCGGAUGAUUGGGCUAAGGGAAAAGGAGGCGCUAAAUAUGUUUAUUUGAUGGAGUUACGUCCAGGCGAAGAAGUGUGGGAUGGAUUUAUACUUGACUCACGUCAACUGAUUCCAACUGGACGCGAAACAUGGGCUGGAAUCAAGGUGGUGAUUGAAGCGGUACUGAAGCUACGACGAGCUACCAUUGCUAGCACAGUAGACGCUUCGUCUUCGCCUUCGCCUGCGAUCACAACCAUCGAAACCACCACCACCACCACCACAACGGAGACAGAGACAACCACCACUGCCACCACUCCACCACCACCACCGGCAACCAUCUUCACCACCACCACCACCACCACCGCCACUAUGGCGACAGAACAUUGGGUUGGCGAUUGGGUAACACCAACAAUCCCAAAUGCACCGCUUAUUUUUACACCACCCACAUUCGAACGUUCACAGACACUCAGCACAAUUGUAGUACCACAAUUCGCUAUCACACGAGCGCCUGUACGCUUCAUAACUCUUGCUCGUGGAAGUGCAUCCGUUGGUACGAUCCAGAAUCCACAAAAUAUUCAAUGGAAUUGGAGUGAAACACAAUCUACUACAGCUCGACCAACUAGACCUACAACUACCACUAUGAUAUCGCCGACUACAUUCCCACAAACGAUGAACACAUUCCGACGUCGUAUAUUUAAUCGUCCGAAUUUAAUAAAACCGAUAUUCGUAUCAUCCGAAGCACGAUCGAUUGCAUUAGAACGUCUUCGACAGCAGCAAGCGAAUCUUGAAGCUAUGCGACAACGAGCACGAGGUGAUCAACGGUUUUCUACGAUUCAAUCAGGUUCGGUCCGAUUCAAUAGGCCAAUGUCUGUGCAAUCAGCGACCUGUUUCGAUCGUUCACCAUGGUGUGCUGCAUGGAUGGAACGAAAUCCACAAGUAUGUAUCGUUUCAUCCAUAUUUAUGCGUCGAGAUUGCUCUAGAACAUGCCGAUUUUGCUGA